AAAUAGAGACGAAGUAAUUUAAUUAACGAAGGGAGUAUAAAUAAGUAGUGAAUGAAAACUAAAGCAAAGGCAACCAAAUAAACAAACACUGCACAAAAAGAGUAUGGAAGAAGAGAAGAGUGAGGUCGCUGUAAUCCCCAAAAAGGUACAACUUUCUUCAAAAGAAACAAUAAUAGAUGAUGAAGAAGAAGAAGUUAUUAUAAAUAAUAAUAAUAAUAAUAAUAAUAAUACAAGAAUAAUAGAGCUUACAGUAGAAGAAGUGAUUGAGAAUUAUGUGGGUUCAUUUGGUUAUUCACAAAUAAUACAAGCAAUAUUGGUAUCAUUAGCAUGGAUAUUUGAUGCUCAGAGUACUUUGGUUACCAUCUUCAGCGACGCAGAGCCAGAAAAAUGGAGAUGUAAGCAAAAUUAUGUGUGUUAUAAUGGGCAGAUUAGUGGUAAAGGAAGUUCAGUUUGUGGUCUUCAACCUGGUAGUUGGGAAUGGGAAGGUGGACGUAAGAGUUCUAUUUUAGCUGAAUGGGGACUUGUUUGUCACCAUAACUUUCUUGCUGCUCUUCCUGCUUCUUCUUUCUUCCUUGGUUCUCUCAUAGGAUCAGCAAUAUAUGGUCGUUUAGCCGAUUCAUUUCUAGGAAGAAAGAAGAGUUUAACACUGGCAUGCUUAGUAACAUCAAUUACUGCUUUGCUUACCUCUUUCUCACCAAACAUCUGGACUUACGCUGUCCUCCGUUUCUUCAACGGCUUAACUCGUUCUGGGAUCGGAAUCUGUUGUUUAGUCCUUGCAACCGAAGUUGUAGGCCGAAAAUGGCGAGGCCAAGUAGGUCAAUACGGGUUUUUCUUCUUCUCUUUAGGGUUCCUUUCUCUCCCUUUAAUAGCAAUGCACACUAAAUCUUCCUGGAGAUACCUCUACCGGAUCCUCUCCUUCGUCGUCUUUUUAUAUACUAUUGUCAUACUCCCUUUUGUUACAGAGUCGCCUCGUUGGCUUCUACUUAAGGGAAGGAAAUCAGAAGCUCACUCUAUUUUAACUAAGUUAGCUACUCGGAAUGGGAAAACUAUUCCACCAAAUGUUCAACUAACAGAUCCGGGCUUUUCUGAUAAUGAGCAUAAGAAAAAUAUUAGCCUUUGGGAGUGUAAAUGGGCAAGGAUGAGGAUGUUGAAGGCAAUGAUAGCGGGUUUUGGGGUUGGAUUUGUGUAUUAUGCAGUUCAAUUGAAUGUCGAAAACUUGAACUUUUCCAAGUAUUUGAGUGUUGCCAUCAAUGCUUUGUUGGAAAUUCCGGCCGUCUUCGUAGGAAGCUUCUUUCUUGGAUUUAUGAAUCGUCGGUUGUUGCUUUCUAUCGCGUGUGUUCUUGCUGGGAUUUCUUGCUUGCUUUGCAUCAUCUUCACCAACGGCAAUGGUGGCACGGUGGGGAAUUGGAUACAACUAGGGAUAGAAGGUUUUGGAUUCAUGGCGGCUUCAGUGGCUUUCGACGUAAUGUUUAUAUACUGUGUUGAGUUGUUUCCGACGAAUGUGAGGAACUUUGCUGUCUCAUUGAUGCGUCAAGCAUUGGUUCUAGGUGGUGCAAUGGCGCCUUUAUUGGUUGCUCUUGGAAGAUUAAGCCCUACUUUUUCAUUUCUAGUGAUUGCAGGUUUAUCUUUUUUAAGUGGGUUAGUCGGAUUUUGGCUUCCAGAAACCAAGAAUACUCCUAUUUUUGAUACUUUGGAGCAACAACAAAAAGAUGACAAGUUAUGUCAAGAAAAUAUAAUAACUUCAUGUGUUCAACCCUAGAUUAGAGCUUAUGGACAUCGAUUCAAGGUUAUAUGAGUUUAAUUUGUACACUAUGGAAAUUUUAAAGUUGUUCUAGCACUAUAUCAACAGUGCUAACUUGCUAUGAGCUCGUCACGGUAUGUGUUUUAGACAAGCCGGCCUAGAUCAUAGUCAUUAUGUACUCUCUUUGUUUCUCAAUUUGCUUUAGCUGAUUUCUUAUA